ACAGAUGGGAAUAUUUUAAAAACAAUUUACAUAACGUAUUUUAGAUUUAAAAUGAGCGUUUAUAGAUUAAAAGUCGAUAUUAAGAACGUUGAUCAUACUGUUCUCUUAUUUUGACAGUAUAGUGUCCAGCGUCUGUGAGUAAGGCUACCACCCAACAGUGAGAAUCUAUUGGCCCCCCCUCACCUCCUGUUUAUUCCUCUUCCGGGUAAGGGAAUCAGGAGGUGAUGUUAAUCUAUCUCCCCGUCGCCCGGGAAACGGCGCAGCGUAAUCCUGCACAGGCUUCGGCACAGUGAGGCGUAAAAGCAAAGUCCAGCGGUAGCGCACCGUGCACACACCCCCUGUUGCACACACACACACACACUCACGCGCUUGCUUCGCGCAUCAAUGUGGACGGAUGACAAAAAAGGACAGACUUGCAUCAAUGUAGGCCUGCGUUAUGCGCAAUGGAUGGCCACGGUGAGCGCCACUCUCCAAACGAGGCACCAAAUAACGCAGAGAUGCUUCUUGCUCUGCUGUCGCACAGCGAGCGGUUACGAAAAGAAAUUCCAGUGUGCGCGGGCUGCAAUCAACACAUCGUGGACCGCUUCAUCCUCAAAGUGCUGGAUCGCCACUGGCACAGCAAGUGCCUGAAAUGCAGCGACUGCCAGGCGCAACUGGCGGACAAGUGCUUCAGCAGAGGCGACAGCGUCUACUGCAAGGACGACUUCUUCAAGAGGUUUGGGACCAAAUGCGCAGCCUGUCAGCAGGGCAUCCCGCCCACGCAGGUGGUGAGGAGAGCGCAGGACUUCGUUUACCACCUGCACUGUUUUGCGUGCAUCGUGUGCAAGAGGCAGCUGGCCACGGGCGACGAGUACUAUCUGAUGGAGGACAGCAGGCUGGUGUGCAAGGCCGACUACGAGACCGCCAAGCAAAGAGAAGCGGACUCAACGGCAAAGCGGCCGCGCACAACCAUCACCGCUAAACAACUGGAAACACUAAAGAACGCGUACAACAACUCUCCCAAACCGGCCCGUCACGUCCGAGAGCAGCUGUCGUCAGAAACAGGCCUGGACAUGCGGGUUGUGCAGGUUUGGUUUCAGAACAGACGGGCUAAAGAGAAAAGGCUGAAGAAAGACGCCGGCCGGCAGAGGUGGGGCCAGUACUUCCGCAACAUGAAGCGCUCGCGGGGCAGCUCCAAGUCGGACAAGGACAGCAUCCAGGAGGAGGGAAUGGACAGCGACGCAGAGGUGUCGUUCACAGACGAGCAGCCCAUGUCGGAGCUUGGCCACACCAACGGCAUCUACAGCAGCCUGAGCGAGUCCUCCCCGGCCAUGGGCGGCCGCCAGGGGGGCAACGGCCACGGCUCCUUCCCCCUGGAGCACGGAGGCCUCCCCUCUCAGGAGCAGUUCCACGACAUGCGCUCCAGCAGCCCCUACGGCCUCCCCCCGUCGCCGGGCUCGCUCCCGGUGCUGCCCAGGCACCAGCCCCUCAUCUCCAGCCUGGUCUACCCAGAUUCCGCCCUCUCCAUAAUGGGCCAGGGCAGCGGGCCCGGCGUCAACCCGGCCGCGAGGGUCUCCAUGGGCGCGGCCAACGGCCCCAGCUCGGACCUCUCCACAGGCAGCAGCGGAGGAUACCCAGACUUCCCCGCCAGUCCCGCCUCCUGGCUGGACGAAGUGGACCACGGGCAGUUUUGAUUGGACAAUAUCAGGAUGUUUGACGUUUUACCAGUGUCUUUAGUCGGAUUUUAGGAACUAACGGACUCGGACUUUGACCUGGAUGGAUGGAAUCUUUCCUAGAAGCACUUGGCCUAAAGGUUAUAUACAGUAUGUAAAGCAAGGGGCCGUGAAGCGAUGCCCGGUUGUUAGAUACCUCUAGAAGCGAUUUCAGAACAAUGUAGAGACCACACACGGAGGAGACGAACACACCCCUGCUCCUCGUCUCAUCUCUUCCUCUGGCUGUCUGUUUGUCGGCGGUGUGUUCAGGUGCAGAAUUCAGUUUGUUGUUCAGAGUCUUUAAAUGUCUAGUCGUUGCCAAAUGUCUAUAUAUAAAUAUAAUUGUUUAUCAUUGUGGAGACUUUAUUUUUAUACAACUCGCUCCUUGGACAUGAAUACGAACCCAGAUAUGAGGACUUUGUACAUUCUUAAACAGGGAUAUAGGCAAAAGUGUAGAUGUUGUCUUAAAUGGUACCUAGAGGUCCAAUUACUUCUAUGCAUUUGUGUGUUGUCAGAUGUAUCUCGCUGAUUUUGUUCUCACUGAAAACAAACCCUGACGGAAGAACUGCUGUAAAACUUGGGACCGAUAUAUAUGUUUGUUUAUGUGGAAAUAGUUUUAUGUCUUAUUUAUUCCUUCUGGUAAUGAUGCUGAUGACUCCUCCUGGUUACGUAACAGGACUUUAAUAAAUUUGUCAUCGAAAUCAA